AGUAUAUUUGCACUGCAUCAUGAGAUCGGAAAACAGUGGAUUAGGCCCCCGCAAUAAGAGAUGGACAAUGUGAUUCAUAACCCACAAGAGAGAACUCUUUGUCUUCGCUUACAGGCUCCCCAAAGCCUACUGAAACAGCCGUACCCUGACCUGGUGAAGUACCUGACGAAUGACUGUAAGAGUGCACUGGCGAGGGUGAGGAUCAUCUACCGGUGGAUCACGUCCAUACAGGUGGACCAGAUGCUGCUGCCGCAGUCCCAGCCCGAUCCCAACACGCCGUACUACCAGCUGUGGCGCAUCAAGAACCAGAAGGGAAACUACGCCCAGCUAGUCAGCAUCUUGUGCAGACUGUGCAGCGUUAUCUGCGUCAUCAUCCACGGCAAACUGAAAGGCUCCAACUACGACGUCGGCCAGACGAUCGACGACAAUGUCCACUACGGAGAAUGGAACGCUGUGCUCAUAGAUGGAAACUGGCGACUGUUGAACGCUUACUGGGGCGCAUGCGCGGUCGGAAGUGAUGGCGGUGACGAAGUCUCGAGGAAGAAGUUUGUGUACACGUGUGACGAGAACUAUUUUCUCACCGACCCCAGGCAGUUGAUUUCAACUCAUCUUCCUUUCGUCGAGGAGUGGCAGCUGAGGGCAGAACCCAUCACGCCAGACAGAUUCGAAGAGAUGGUUUUCCUCAAGGACAGAUUUUUCGAUCUCGGUAUGUCGGUUCUGUCGCACCCUGAAUGCGUCAUCAAAUCUGCUCGUGGCGAAGAGGAGAUAUUCUUUCAGAUUCCUGAAGGGGAAGGGUUAUAUCAUUCUUACUACUGUUUGUUAUUCAGACAGGAGACGAAAGGGGUUCCUGGGUUUUCGCCCAAAUACGACCGAUACGUCUUCAUGCACAAACCAAAACCUGAUAUACUUAGCAUCAAGAUUCGGUCGCCUGUGGUCGGGAUGUUUCGUCUGGAGCUGGUUGGCAAGGACAAGAGGAUCACAGAACCCGGAUACGAUUACGACUGGAUAGCAGUUUAUAAACUUGUUUUCAAAAGAGCUAAAGACAGGUGUAUUCCGUUCCCGGACACCCCGGAUAACGGGUGGGGUCCUGGCAUCGAGACGAUAGAAACGGGGUUGUCUCCCAUUAGUCACCUGUGUGGAUUCGUCAAGGCGGGAGAAAACGGAGAGGUCGACAUUAUGUUCGAAAUUAUAGACAAAGAAAAAGUGGACAAGCUGAAUUUUUCUUCCGCACUUUCAAGAGGUGGGACAAGGGAGGUAAAUAUCAAGGAUCGAGUGGUGCACAGAUACGUGGACAACAAAUUAAUUUUCAGCGUCAAACUUCCGAAGAAGGGAGAGUACUCUCUGCGUCUGUCGGCAACCAGUUCUAAUGGCGAAGAAGGGGAGACUACUGCCGAAAAGAACGUCUGUAAUUAUAUGAUCAAAUCUGCCCAGAAAAUAGCUCGGCCGAGUUACCCGCGAGGCUUUGAAGGCAAGAUUGGGGAGAAACCCGCUUGCCGUGAAUUAGGUCUCGUUCCUCUGUCCCACCCUUCGGGCAUGAUCUAUACGGAAACAGACGAGGUGCAGGUGUCUUUCAAGAUGACGGAACCCAUCGAUUACUCUAUGUCUCUCUUCGGAGCCGAGAUCUUGGGAUCCGACGCUAAGCAACUGGUCACGGAGUUUGUCGAGGACAACGUCAUCACGUACACGGUGCAGCUACCCAAGCAUGGUAACUACGGCUUGAGGUUUGUAGGAAAACCCAAAGACGGAGAGUGUUUCGAGUGUGUAGUUGAUUACGUCAUCGAAUACAGGGUUCCCGAAAACGUGCCGAGCAGUCUGCACUCACCCUUGACCCCGCAGAUCAUCAGACUCAAGCUGUCGUCUGCUACCACAACGACAACGAGCACGCCGGCAGAGGAAGAGACAAAAGCCGCGCAGUUUGCUAACAGAAUCACGUUGGCAGCAGAAGCUAUGGAUGAGCCAGAAUUGCUGAAGACUAUAGUCGAGCUCAAAGAUCUAGCUAAAACAUCCCCGUCACAGGUUACCAAGGAAACUGACAAGGUUGAUGAUAAGACAGACAAGGUUGAUGGUAAGGCAGACAAUGACACGCAGAAGGCGAUGACGUCACAGCAGAAGUCGGUGAUGACGUCAGAGCAGGUGGCAACCGAGCUGAAAAAAGCACAAAGAGAACUUGAAAUUAUCCAGGCGAGGAAAGAACUCGUAGAAGCCAUUAACUCACGUGACCUGAAGCGUCUGACAGCGAUAGUGAACCUGAUAAAAGAGAAGAGUUACGAAUCGUACAUGGGGGAUGACAUAAAGACGGCCAAGAGAUUGAUAGAGAGACUGAGUCACAUCCACCGACUGUGGCAUGACGUCAUGCAGCUGGACCAGACCACUAUUGCUGAACUGAAGGGGUACGCCGCCCCGCCAGAAGCGGUCCAUAGUGUUCUGAUGGCAGCAUUUCUUCUUCUUGGGAACUUCACUGAUGAAACAAAGGACUGGAUUAAAGUGCAGGCGUUGAUGGGUAAAACUGGAAAGGAGUCCUUAAAGCGACGCCUGGAGGACUUUAACCUUGACUCUGUUGACCUUGACAUUGCUCUGGGUGCUCGUGACCUUCUACACGGUUGUACGCUCGACGAAAUCCGGAUUGUUAGCGCAGGCGCAGCGACCUUCUUUGUGUGGACUAAAGGUAUUAUUAACGAAAUUCAGACUCGUCACGGAGAAGACGUCCACAAGGUCAGACCAAGGACGAAAAAUUCUAAACCAUACAAGCGAUCCAAGAGGAGAAAAUCAAGUAUAGUGAAGAGCAGAUUGAGAUAAUCGCAGACUUGAGGAGACAGUACUCCAGUCAGCAUUCCGUCGAGGGUCAAAGUUCAAUGUGCACCUAAGUUUUUAUGAUUCCUUAAAUACUGCCACGCCUGUCAUCAUGAAAUGACGUUUCAUAUGGCCAGUUAAUUCCUUUAAUUUAAUGUCAAGUAGUUUUAAUGUGCCAGGCACAGUUGUGCUUCAGUUGUAUGAUAUUUCAUCUGGUCAGUUAAUUCCUUUAAUUUAAUGUCAAGUAGUUUCAAUGUGCCAGGCACUGUUGUGCUUCAGUUGUAUGAUGUUUCAUCUGGCCAGUUAAUUCCUUUAAUUUAAUGUCAUGUAGUUUCAAUGAGCCAGACACUGUUGUGCUUCAGUUGUAUGAUAUUUCAUCUGGUCAGUUAAUUACUUUAAUUUAAUGUCAAGUAUUUUCAAUGUACCAGGCACUGUUGUGCUUCAGUUGUAUGUUGUUUCAUCUGGUCAGUUAAUUACUUUAAUUUAAUGUCAAGUAUUUUCAAUGUACCAGGCACUGUUGUGCUUCAGUUGUAUGUUGUUUCAUCUGGUCAGUUAAUUACUUUAAUUUAAUGUCAAGUAGUUUCAAUGUGCCAGGCACUGUUGUGCUUCAGUUGUAUGUUGUUUUAACUGGUCAGUAAACUUCUGCAAUUUCAUUUGAAGUCAAUGUAUCAGGUCAAAGGUGUGUGCAGGACGUUUAACAGGAGGGGGGACUCUGGACUGUGGCGACCUGCGUUUAUAGGGAGUCGAGUCAUGCUGCUCCAGAAAAUAUACUGAGAAAAGAGAAAAUUGAUUGAGAAGGGAGGGGUUUCGACCCUGAAAACCCUCCCCUGCACAUAUGCCUGCAGACAGUGCCGGAAUUAUAAGUGGGCAAAGGGGGCAAUUGCCACACCCCCCCCCCCCGCCAGAGGGGCCACCGAGACUAAGGACUUCCUUGCUAAAAAAUUGUUUUAAUAAUUAUAAAAUUAGUUCAUUUUUGUAUUUGUCAUGUAAUGUAAUGUCUAAGUUGAGGGGCUCCCGAACCUGAAGUGCUCCGGGCCCCUGCCCCAGGCCCCCCAAGGUCUAAAUCCGGCCCUGCCUGCUGACACACUAUGCUUUAACCGUGUGUUGCGUCCUACUACGGACCUAGGGCGGUCGGAGACGCGUCCCCACGUACUGAACGAACCAUCGUACUCACACUCUUCCCCCACCACAUUGAUUUCUGAUUUACUUUAAGGGUGACGGGUUGUAGUAUUUAUAUCCGUGGUGUAUAUGUUGAUUAAACUGCUGCGAGUAGCUGUUUUAGCAUUAUGUUAAUAUUGUCGUCUGUGGGACUUGAUUUAGUGAGUAUACACCCUGCAUUAGUUAAAUAGCUACAUAUGUUAAUGUGUCGUCUAUGGGAUUUGAUGUGGUAGUAUAUACCCUGCAAUAGUUAAAUAGCUACAUAUGUUAAUAUUGUCGUCUAUGCGAAUUGAUUUGGUGGUGUACAUCCCGCAAUAGUUAAAUAGCUACAUAUGUUACUAUUGUCGUCUGUGGGAAUUGAUUUGGUGAGUAUACGCCCUGCUUUAGUUAAACAGCUACAUACUAUUAUGUUAAUAUUGUCGUCUAUGGGAAUUGAUUUGGUGGUAUACACCCUGCAAUAGUUAAAUAGCUACAUAUGUUUAUAUUGUCGUCUAUGGGAAUUGAUUUGGUGGUAUACACCCUGCAAUAGUUAAAUAGCUACAUAUGUUUAUAUUGUCGUCUAUGGGAUUUUAUUUGUUGGUAUACACCCUGCAAUAGUUAAAUAGCUACAUAUGUUAAUAUUGUUUAUGGGAUUUGAUUUGGUGGUAUACACCUUGCAGUACUUAAAUAGCUACAUCCGUUAUUAUUGUCGUCUUUGGCACGUUACAUGUCACUGGCGUAGGAAGCGAGGGGGGGGGGGGGGGGGGAGGAGGGGGCAUGUGCAUGUAUAUAACAUAGUAUAUAACACAUACAUACAAUGUAUAUAUGAAUUCAUCGUUUCUAAUCGUUCAUGUGUUGUAUGUAAUGCUCCCUUCACAUACACGGAUUUUUCUUAAAAGUCCUUACGGAUCGCACAAAUUCACGGAUCCUUACGAGUUGGCCACUUUUACAACCGAUUUAAGAGUUGUUACGAGUUAUUACGAGCUAUUUACGGAUUAUUACGAGUUAUUACGAUGUAUUUACGGCAAAAUUCCACGAUUUGUUACGAGUUGUCACGGAUAACUACGAGCAACUUACGAGCUUUUUACGGAUUGUUACGAGUAUAUUACGGAAUGUUACUAUUCAUCGAAGCUUUUACGUGUUAGUUACGACCUGUUUACGUGUUGUUACGAAUAGUUACGAGUUAGUUACGACUAUUUACGAGUCCUUACGAUUUUUUGCCAAAAAAUAUAUUAAUCUUGCAGCUUUUAUACUUUUCCCCAAAUCGUAAACAAUACGUAAGAAUACGUAAAGUAUACGUAUCUAUUCGUAAAGUACUCGUAACUACACGUAAAGUGCUCGUAAUAACUCGUAACAAUCCGUAAAGCCAUCGUAACACGACCCGAAUGAAAUCGUAAAGAACACGUAAGCACUCAUAAUAAUCCGUAAAUAAUCCGUAAAUAAAUCGUAAACUAACCGUAACAAAUUGUACAAAAAAUUGUUACGAGUCAUUUACGGAUUCUUGCGAGCAGUUUACGGAUGGUUACUUGUUGUUGCGAGCGGUCUACGAUACUUACGGAUUGUUACGAGUUAUUUAUGGAAAAAUCAAUCCGUGGACAAUCGUAAGAAGAUUUUUGACAUGUCAAAAAAAUUGCCUCUCCUUUCACGGAUCCUUAAGAGUGUCUGCGACUUGUUGCGAGUUGUGACGAGUUAUUUACGGAUACCAGCGAGUUAUUUACGGAUGCUUGCGAUUGACUACGAGUUAGUGAUCCGUAAGGACUCAUAAGAAAAAUCCGUGUAUGUGAAGGGGGUAUUAUUUAUGUGAAAUAGAAAUGGUACUCCAGAAAGUAGAGUCAGUGAAUAAAUUAUAUGACGUAUUUCAAUUUCUUACACACCCGUUGGUGAGAACACCAUGUGUUAUUUAUGAUUACACAUAUUUGUUAACACAUGUACGUGUGUUAACAAUUUCAAGACAUGCGACUGGCUGCUCCUAGGUGAUGACCAGGU